GUGGCUGGCCAUCCGUCUGGAGUUCGUUGGGAGCCUGGUGGUCUUCUUCUCUGCGCUUCUAGCAGUGAUUUCAAAGAGCACUUUGGGGGGUGGCAUCGUGGGUCUUUCGGUCUCCUCCGCCCUCAAUGUGACCCAGACACUGAACUGGCUGGUGCGGAUGUCUGCGGAGCUGGAAACGAAUAUUGUGGCUGUGGAGCGGGUACACGAGUACACGAAGGUGAAGAACGAGGCUCCAUGGGUGACAGAAAAGCGCCCACCCCGUGGCUGGCCCAGCAAAGGCGAGAUCCAGUUUGUUGACUACAAAGUUCGUUACCGACCUGAACUGGAACUGGUUCUUCAGGGGAUCACCUGCAAUAUAGGGAGCACCGAGAAGGUUGGGGUUGUGGGCCGGACUGGGGCUGGAAAAUCCUCCCUCACCAACUGCCUCUUCCGGGUGCUGGAGGCUGCUGGAGGGAUGAUCGUCAUCGAUGGGGUGGAUAUAGCGACAAUUGGCCUCCAUGACCUGCGCCAGAACCUCACCAUCAUCCCCCAGGACCCUGUGCUCUUCACUGGCACCUUGCGAAUGAACCUGGACCCCUUUGACCAGUACACAGAUGAGGAGGUCUGGAAGGCCCUUGAGCUUGCCCACAUGAAGACAUAUGUGCGAGACCUUCCCGGGGGGCUGCUGCAUCCUGUGAGCGAGGGAGGGGAGAACCUGAGUGUCGGGCAGAGGCAGCUGCUGUGUCUGGGCCGGGCCCUUCUCCGCAAAGCCAAGAUCCUCAUCCUGGACGAAGCAACAGCCGCUGUGGAUCUGGAAACUGAUCAUUUAAUCCAGACAACGAUCCGGAGCGCGUUUGCUGACUGCACUGUCCUUACUAUUGCCCACCGCCUCCACACCAUCAUGGACAGCAACAGGGUGAUGGUGCUGCAAGCUGGGAGGAUUGUGGAAUACGACAGCCCUGAGGAGCUGCUCAAGAAGCAGGGCGUCUUCUCCUCAAUGGCAAAGGACGCUGGCAUCACGAAUAUAGAAACCACUGUGCUGUAGGUGGAGUGGAGCAGCGUGCAGGUGUGUGCACAGGCAGCUUCCUCCUGCUGGCACUCACCAAGCAGGCACUGGUGUCUCCUUGCAGCUGGACUGCC